GCAAGAGAGAAAGAAUUGAAGAAACUUAAGGCUGCACAAAAAGCGGAAGCAGCCAAACUUCAGCAAGGUUCUUCUGCUUCGAAAACGAGUAAAAAGAAAAACUUAAAGAGGGAUGCAGGGGAAGAAAACCCUGAGGAUUAUGCUGACCCGGUAACGCCUUUUGGUGAGAAGAAACGGCUCUCUUCUCUGAUGGCAAAGGCCUACAACCCAAGUGCAGUAGAAAAUUCGUGGUAUGCAUGGUGGGAGAAAUCAGGGUUCUUUGUCACAGAUAACAAAAGCUCCAAACCGCCGUUUACGAUAGUUCUGCCACCUCCAAAUGUGACUGGGGCCUUACAUAUAGGCCAUGCCCUUAUGGCUGCCAUCGAGGAUACUAUCAUUCGUUGGCGAAGAAUGUCUGGAUACAAUACUUUGUGGGUACCUGGGAUGGACCAUGCUGGGAUAGCAACACAGGUCGUUGUCGAGAAGAAGAUUAUGCGGGAAAGGCGUUUAACUAGGCAUGAUGUUGGUCGCGAGAGAUUUGUGUCUGAAGUCUGGAAUUGGAAGAAUGAGUAUGGGGGCACCAUAUUAAAACAACUACGGUGCCUGGGUGCUUCUCUUGAUUGGUCUCGUGAGUGCUUUACGAUGGAUGACAAAAGAUCCAAGGCUGUGACAGAGGCCUUUGUUCGGCUUUACAAUGAAGGUCUUAUUUAUAGGGAUCUGCGGCUGGUGAAUUGGGACUGUGUCUUGCGAACAGCAAUAUCUGAUAUUGAGGUAGAACAUGUGGAAAUCAAAGAUAGGACUUUGUUAAAGGUUCCUGGAUAUGAAAAUCCAGUGGAAUUUGGUGUUUUGACAUCAUUUGCUUACCCUCUAGAAGGAAAUCUUGGGGAGCUUGUUGUGGCCACGACUAGAGUUGAAACAAUGCUUGGUGAUACUGCUAUUGCCAUACAUCCUGAUGACCAGAGAUACAGCCAUCUUCAUGGAAAAUUUGCUAUCCAUCCGUUUAAUGGAAGGAAACUUCCUAUAGUUUGUGAUGCAAUACUUGUUGAUCCAGAAUUUGGUACUGGUGCUGUUAAGAUAACUCCAGCCCAUGAUCCAAAUGAUUUUGAAGUUGGAAAGCGUCAUAAUCUUGACUUUAUCAACGUUUUCACAGAUGAUGGAAAAAUAAACAGCAAUGGUGGUAUGGAGUUUUCAGGCAUGCCACGUUUCAAAGCCCGUGAAGCCGUGACUGCAGCUUUACAGGAAAAGGGACUCUAUAGAGGUUCUAAAGCUAAUGAGAUGCGCCUUGGCCUUUGUUCAAGAACCAGUGAUGUACUGGAGCCCUUGAUAAAGCCUCAGUGGUAUGUCAACUGCAAUGUUAUGGCCAAGCAAGCUCUUGAUGCUGUCAUGAAUGAUGAAAGUAAGAAAAUGGAGAUCAUUCCAAAACAAUAUGCUGCUGAAUGGAAGAGAUGGCUUGAGAACAUUCGUGAUUGGUGCAUCUCGAGGCAACUGUGGUGGGGCCAUCGUAUACCUGCAUGGUAUGUGACACUGGAUGAUGAUGAACUGAAGGAACUUGGUGUAUACAAUGACCACUGGGUGGUUGCUAGAAAUGAAGAAGACGCUAUAUUAGAGGCUAGCAGAAUGUUUGAUGGGAAGAAGUUUCAGAUGUCUCAGGAUCCUGAUGUGCUGGACACCUGGUUUUCCUCUGGUCUUUUUCCGUUGUCUGUGCUAGGGUGGCCAGAGGAUACUGAAGAUUUGAAGGCUUUUUAUCCGACUUCUGUUCUCGAAACUGGGCACGACAUUCUCUUUUUUUGGGUUGCUCGGAUGAUGAUGUUAGGAAUCAAGCUGGGGGGUGAUGUGCCUUUUAGAAAGGUUUAUUUGCACCCCAUGAUUCGUGAUGCACAUGGGCGGAAGAUGUCCAAGUCUUUAGGAAAUGUAAUUGAUCCUGUUGAAGUUAUAAGUGGAAUAACCCUGGGCGGACUUCACAAGCGACUGGACGAGGGUAUCUUGGAUCCCACUGAGUUGAAGAUUGCCAAGGAAGGACAGGUGAAGGACUUUCCCAAUGGUAUUCCUGAAUGUGGUGCAGACGCUUUGCGGUUUGCCCUUGUCUCUUACACCGCUCAGUCUGAUAAGAUAAAUUUGGAUAUCCAAAGGGUUGUUGGUUAUCGCCAAUGGUGUAACAAAUUGUGGAAUGCUAUAAGGUUUGCCUUGAGCAGGCUUGGAGAUGACUACACCCCUCCAAAGAAUAUAGUUCCGGAUAUCAUGCCCUUUUGCUGCCAGUGGAUACUCUCGGUACUGAACAAAGCCAUAUCCAAAACUGUGUCAUCUCUUGAUUCAUAUGAUUUUUCAGAUGCAGCCAGUGCAGUAUAUUCAUGGUGGCAGUUUCAACUAUGUGAUGUUUUUAUCGAAGUAAUCAAGCCUUACUUUGCUAGUAGUGAUCCAACAUUUGCUUCUGCAAAGACGUCUGCACAAGACACCUUGUGGGUAUGUCUGGAUAAUGGGCUACGGUUACUUCAUCCAUUUAUGCCCUAUGUUACAGAAGAAUUGUGGCAACGGCUUCCUACUAGGAGUGAUUGUACAAGGAAGGAAUCUAUCAUGAUAUGCGAGUAUCCUUCAGUUGUGGAGUGUUGGACUAAUGAAAGGGUAGAAUACGAGAUGGACGUGGUUGAGUCUGCUAUAAAAUCACUGAGAUCUCUCAGAUCCUUGUUGUCGGCCAAGGAAAGGCAUGAAAGGCGGGCAGCAUUUGCACUUUGCCGAGCCAAUGCUAUUGUAGAGAUUAUCAAAAGCCAUGAACUGGAGAUUUCAACCCUUGCCACAUUAUCAUCUUUGAAGGUUCUAUGUGAGGAUGAUGCUGCACCAGCUGGAUGUGCUGUAUCUGUUGUAAAUGAAGGCCUUUCUAUGUUUCUGAAGCUUCGGGGAACUCUUGACGCAGAAGCAGAACGUGAAAAGCUCAGGAAAAAGAUAGAGGAGAUUCAAAAGUAA